AUGAAAAGCGAAGAGGGCUCUACAAAGAAGAAAGAAGAGGAGGAGCGAAUACGAGCCAAGGUUAAAGAGCAGGAAGAGGAACGUCUCCUUCUAGCUGAGAAGUACGAAGCCAAGGGUGGCCAAGUCGUCAAACUGACGAGCAAACUUGAGAAACUCUGGCAUAAGUACAAGAACGCCAGUGCGGAGGUUGAUGACUUGCAGAGAGAAUUCCAACGAGAAAGAGAAGAUAUGCUGGAAUCCAUCCGAGCCUUGAGCAAAGAGCUCAAGCUGAAGUCUCUUGUGAUCGACUACUUCAUACCUCCUGAGGAGUACCAGAGAAUAGCCGACCGCGCACAGUACGACCAAGUAGAGGAUGCAUGGGAGAUCAGCCAUAUUGGACUAGCUGGGAAUGCUCAAGCUAGACGUCCUGGAUCGGCCCUUGGCCUCGAACGCCCAGCGGCAGAGUUUUCCCGGGUCGCACGGCAGCAUUCAGCGGACCCAAGAUUCCGCAGCGAUGGUAUAUUGCAGACUGAUCUGUUGUCUACUGAGCGACUCACCCGGGCUGGCGAAGUGGACCCUUCGCAAGCGAUGAAUAAUGAGGUGCUCAGCGCCAUACAAAGUGGUCUCGACGAGAAUGACUACGUUCCUAACACUAGCGUCUACUUUUCGUGA